AUGAUGCACCCCGCGCUACUUAUUUUCCUGGUGUCGCUCGUGAACCAGACCAUUACAUGGCUGGGCCGCGACACGCUGCAGGACUUUUUGUACAAGAUUUACCAGCGGAUCGUGAACCGGGCUGCGUUCAAGCGCCUGUCGACCGCGAAGAAGGAGCUCUUUGAGACGCGGCAGCAGUUGAACAUGACGAGCUCGCAGGACGAGUUUUCGAAGUGGGCGAAGCUGCGCCGCAAGGUUGACAAGCUCACGGCCGAGGUGGAAGAACAGAACAAGACGAUUUCCUCGUCGCAGUUCUUCUUUUCGAUUCUGUUCAAGGUGUUUAUGUUUGUGCUGAACAUGGCGAUCCCUACGAUUAUUUCGUCCUACUUCAGCACGACACCCAUGUUCUUCCUCCCUCCCGGCGACUGGUUCGGGCCCCUUGGCUACCUCUUUAGCUUCCCCAAGGCCCCCAUCGGUGCGGUGAGCACCACGGUCUGGACCACGGUCUGUGGUCGUGUCCUGUCGCUGGUUGGCGCCUACUGCCGCGAGCUCUUUGUAAAGGACCCUGUGCUGGAUAUGGACGAGAAAGCGCAACAAGCCGCGCCCAAGAUCCCGGUCCCCGAGGCGCCGCUGGCCGAGAAGAGCGCGCCUGCCACGACGCUGAAGCAGCGCAAGGCGACUGCCUCUGACGAGUAG